GGAUGAAAACAAAGGAUGCAUGACUAGGCCGGACUAUGCUGCAUCAGUGACUCAAGAACUCCUCAAGUGUUUUCGUUAUCUUCCGCUGUUUUAUUUUUACCGAUUAGCAAAUCAAUUGAAUAUGUGGCUUCUUAACUAUUAAUUGGCUUGAAUUUGCAUACCAUAACCAAAACAGUCAUGGAUAAUCGAAAAGGUCGAUUGAUGGCAGUUAAAUUUGUUAACGCAAAAGACAGCUUCCUGCACGUAAAUUCAAUUAAUGUUAGCUCGAUGCAAGGGAAGGUUUAUGAAAUACGUGACGAGACCAGAGGAAAUUGUCUUGCUGUAUGUUCCUGCUACGCCACUCCUCUGAAAAACUUGAAGGACAAUGAGGUUGGGAUGUCGCAAAAAUUGGCCAAAGCAAUCGGACUUGGUGGAAGCGAGUCGCUGUUUCUGACAGAAAUCGAUAACCUCAUUCCGAAAUCAAGUCAAGUGAUAUUCACUAUUUCUGACCCUGACUACGCCAUUCUGGUGAUGAACGCAACCAAAGUCGAGUACAUUAUGCUCGACCAAAUUCGACUCGUGAAACGUGGUCAAAAUGUGGUGGUGUGGAUUUCUCCUAUGGUGAGCAUCACGCUUAAUACCGAAAAAAUCCUUCCUGAGAGUGAACUAGCACUUCUCACCAAUGAGACUGAACUACAUAUUUUGCCCUCUUCAGAUGUUAGAUCGGUGUCUGGAUUAGGUUCCUGGGAAGACCCUAACCCUGAGGAGAUACAAACCGGUCUAGUGUGCCGGGUCAUCUUUUCUGAAAAGCCUCACGUGACACCCUUUGUCGCCAAAAUUCACCCAAGUGUCAAACCGAGCUUCCUCUUUGCCCUAGGCAAAAUUCUGAGCGUCGACAAAACGAUGCACCUGCAACUCAUCUUCGACUCAGAAGUUAGUCCAGCCGUGGACUUUUUGUCCAACCUUCCCAUAAUUUAUCUAGAUAAAAGAGCCAGGGACCAAGCCAAUUCAUUUUUUGACGGAUGCAAGAUAUUUUUAGAGCCUCUUGAGAUUGUUCGCAACACUGAAUUCAUUGUUCAUGUGUCUAAAAAUUACCCGGUUCAAAGCGUGAAAGAUGACUUGAAAUCCCUAGCAGAAAAGCUGAACCGUGAGCUGCUUGUUGUGAAGCAAACAGUGUUUCCUCUCAAAAACGACUUGGCUGUCAAAUUCGAGAUGAAAAGUUCUCACACAAAUUUGUCCUCCACGAGCAUUGAAAGCUGCAACAUGGGCGUCAAGCUGGGAAAAUUCGAACUUAAAAAUGAGCCUGCGGUGGUUGAAGCAGAACAUCCUGAUCAUCAGAUCUUUAGGUCUUGGCUACCACUGCUGAAUAAUCUGAAGAAAAGCCUUGUAACAAAUGCUCGAACGCACGUCAAAAGUCCAAUAGCAGUUUUGAAAGGAACUCGCGGAAGCGGAGUAGAGACGUUCCUUCAGCAGUUUGUCCAGCUGGUGGUGGCUCCACCACUAAAACUGCAUGACUUGGCUCUGGACUGCAAAGCUUUCAAGGGAAAGACUGUGGACACUUUGAAGAACAAAUUGAUGGAGCUAUUUUUGGAAGGAACAAAGCAUGACCCAUGCAUCAUUAUUUUUGAGAAUAUAGAUCAGUUCUUCCCUCUACAGACGCAUGAUGUGCACGAGUCACCUGAAUCUUCAUACAGGCUUGGUGUUCUGCAGUGCAUUUGGAACUUGAGCUACUCCUUCAGCAAAAGACACAAUUGCUAUGUUGUGACGACAGCCGUAACUGAUCAGGAAGUUAAAAUUUGGGACGACAUGUCUAUCCCAGUAGAGCUAUUCCCAAUUCCAGACUUGAGCCUGGAGGACAAAGUACAAGCAUUGAAACAGUGCCUUACUAAACUAAAUUGCAACUGGACCAAUGAGUUGGAAGAUAACUCCGCUCAAAUAAUUGAAAUUUGCAACUACCAAGACAUCUGUGAUAUCGCGGGUCGAGCAACGUUUGAGAAACUGAAAAGCAUGAUCUUAAGUGAUGAACCGGUUGUGAUCACCUCGGAUGAUUUGUCGAGCGCCAGAAACUUCCUCACGUCUCAGAGCUUGAAGGAUUUCAACUUGCUUAGGAUCGGCGACCAAAACGGCGCUGCCAGCAGCUCUGGACGAUGGCCAAACGUCGGCGGCCUCUCAGACGUGAAGGAAAAGCUGACAGAAAUGAUAUUUUGGCCAUUCAUGUACUCGCACUUGUUCGCGACCAAUCCGCUGAAACUGCAGAAGGGUGCCUUGCUUUACGGAAUGCCAGGAACAGGGAAAACGUUGCUGGCCGUGGAACUGGCCAAAUCGAGUGGAAUGAACUUGAUCCACAUCAAGGGACCGGAGCUGCUCAACAAAUUCAUCGGUGCCAGUGAGGAGGCUGUCAGGAACCUUUUUGAAAAGGCAUCAGCGGCCAAGCCGUGCAUUUUAUUCUUUGACGAAAUCGACAGUCUGGCUCCAAGGAGGGGCAGAGACACGACAGGAGUAUCAGAUCGUGUAGUAAAUCAACUGCUGACUUCCCUCGAUGGGGUAGAUUCUCCCGCCGAAGCCGGCGUGUGGGUUUUGGCUGCCAGCAGCCGGCCGGAUUUGAUAGAUCGCGCACUUUUGCGUCCUGGCCGCUUCGACACCAUGCUUCAUUGCAACCUUCCGACACGACUCGAGAGAAGCGAAAUUUUACAAAUCCUGUCGAGCGGCCUGAAAAUUUCAAGUGACACCGAUUUGAAUAAGCUGGCGGAAAUGACGGAUGGGUUUUGUGGAGCAGACAUUCAAGCCCUUCUUCAAACGGCACAGCUCGUCGCCCUUGAGGAGUUCGUGGACGUUUUCUCCGAGGAGACCAGUGACAAAUCGAUGGAACAUCAGGAGCAACUGGAGGUGAACUGGAACCACAUCCAACUUGCCUUGCAGAAAACCAGGCCUUCGCUCUCGCAGGAGGAGAGGCGACGUUACGAGAAAAUAUUCAAGGAGUACGAACUGUCGCUGCAGCCAGUGGGAAGAGGGAAAAGAGCGGUGUUGAAGCAGAGAACCCUUUUGGCCUGAUGUACUGCGCUGGCGGAGGCAGAGGAUGAUGCAGCCGAGCAGCAGGCAGGCCGAGGCCCUUUUCCAGCAGGGCUCGCCACCUCCUGAGCACUGCCACCUGGUGUCGGUUGACUCGCCAGGGCCGCGAGACCUGCAGCACGGCGCCGGCACACAC